AUGAAGUCACUCAUUGCGUUUAGCUUGGUGGCCAUCCAGGCAGUGUCUGCCAGGUAUGGAAUGUACAUUGACCAAUGGCAUGUGGCAUCUUUAGCCAACCGGAACUUGACCGCGGGAAUUGACCAUGUGAUUAUGGCCUUUGCCGAGUCAAUAUUGUUCACCAACCCGACUCCGGCGAAUUACACUCCUUUCGCAAGCGUCGAGAGCAUGCGUGCAAGGUUCGACCCCGGAACCAAAUUCUCCCUAGCCAUUGGGGGAUGGGGAGACAACGCUGGCUUUGACCUGGCUGUCACCAAUGACACGACGAGGAGAAGAUUUGCGAAGAACGUUGCCCAGACGCUGGACCGCCUUGGCUUUGAUGGAGUUGAUAUUGACUGGGAGUACCCCGGCGGUAAUGGUGCGGACUACAGACAGGUUCCGAAUUCUAAGAAGACUGGGGAAAUUAAUCAAUUCCCAAAAUUACUGCACGAGAUCAGGAGCGCAAUCGGCAAAAAGGUUUUGUCGGUUGCUGUUCCGGGACUCAGGAGGGACAUGAUUGCCUACACUCCCGAAGAGGCCCCCAAGAUCUGGGAGGUUGUUGAUUUUGUGAACGUGAUGGCGUACGACUUGAUGAACCGCCGGGAUAAUAUCACCAAGCACCACACAGAUGUCCAAGGCUCCCUCGAGGCGGUUGACGCCUAUUUAGAGUUGGGACUGAAGCCGUCUAAGGUCAAUUUAGGAUUCGCCUUCUACGCCAAGUAUUUCAAAACUGCACCAGGAUAUAACUGCACCGCGACUCCCCUGGGUUGCCCAACAGCGGAGCUCGAAGCUCCGGACGGAAGCGACACGGGUAACUCUGGCGCCCUAACCUUUGAAGCGAGCAACUAUUUAUCAGUCCCUACUGAUUUGUCAGUCACUACGGAUGGAAGCUGCGGAGCCACUGUAGGCAAAAAAUGCCCAGAGGGCUAUUGCUGCAGCCUGUAUGGAUAUUGCGGUGCCACUGCGGAUUACUGUGGCGCGAGUUGUCUCGCAGGUUACGGCAAAUGCGAUGAUGUUUCCGUAACUACUUCGUGGGAAAAUGCCUUGCGGAACGGGAAAGUUGAUGCUAAAGCUGGAGGACAGUACUACUGGGACCCUGCCGCGACACUGUUCUGGACCUGGGACACCCCAGCUCUAAUCAACCGGAAGUUCCAGGACAUUAUCGCUGCUCGAGGCCUUGGUGGUGCCUUUGCUUGGAGUCUCGGUGAGGACAGUCAUGACUGGAGCCAUUUGCAGGCCCUCCAGGCCGGCGUCAAGGCAUUUCUGAGCCCAGUCUCUCCUCGAUCUGCUUCUACGUCGCAUCAGCGUCGCAAAGCCCACUACCACAAAGCUAGGACUUCGAUAUAG